UGGAAUGCAUCACAGUAAACUUUGACAACCAGCAGCAGCAGAAUUAGUUUGUUUGCAUAAAAGUGCGUCUCAGUGGACGGAAGUAUAAUUUCGGUUUGUUUGCCUGGUCAUAUCGGAUCGCAGAAGUAGUAUCUGCGCUGAAUAUCGGCGAUCCACAGGAUGGAAGGUAGCUCUUCACGCGGCAGUGGUUCUGCGGAAGCGGACGGCAUUGAACGGGACAUUGCAACCAGACGGAACCGUAUAAUGCGUAUGCGUAUGAUACAGCGUACCAUCGACACCGACGACAGCAGCAACGGGUCGGAGGACAACAACAAUGGGCAAAUGGAGGAAGAAAUUGCCGAGCAGGAGUACGAAACGGCCGAUUCGUCCCCUGUGCCCGCCGCCGUGGUGGACCCAGCGCUAGAGUUGGAGCUGUUCGAGGAUUACAUACGGGAACGGGAGUCGGCGGGAACCGAAAUCUACAACACAGAGCUUCCUACCGAGCACGCCUAUCUCGGCAAACUGGAACGGGUGGAAGGAGUUGACUAUCUGGAACCGGGCAAAACGUAUCGGUUACCGAUCUACAGUCAUCACUCGAUCGUGUAUCCGGGCGAGAUCGUGCCACUGAUGCUGAACGCCUCCAACCUGUACAGUGGCGGCACGGACGACUCUUCGGACGGGCUCAAGUUUGGGCUCGUCUUUGAGGACCAGUACACGAGCAAGGGUCGCGUGUACGGGGUCACCUGCCAAGUGUACGAGCGGGGCGACGAGGGAGAGUCGGCCCUGCUGAAAACCAUCGCCCAGCAACGGUUCUUCAUCGUUCGCCAAUCACAGGAACGAAGAGUGGAGGUUAAAAUUCUACCCGAAAUCGUGCUUCCGGACCCACUGAUUAGCAGCUGUUCGAACGCAAUGGCACGGUACGCACACAGUCAGCAGAAGGAUCGAGUGAACAGCUUCAAGCGCAUGCUGGCGCAAACGAGCGUGUGGCCAAAGUUCGUGUACGAUCAGUACGGCACCGACGAGGUGCUGGCCAAAGUGAAACGCUUUCUGUCCUCGGUCAAAAUAACCAGCGUACCGACGGACCCGAUCAAACUGUCGUUUUGGCUCGCCAGGAACAUACCGCUCACGGAGGAGAAUCGCACCAUGAUCUUCUGCACCGAUUCGGUGCUCCGCCGCAUGCUGAUCAUCAACAAAGCACUCGAUCACAUGUGGUACUUUAUCUGCAAACGGUGUGACAACGAAAUCGCCAAUUACAACGACAUUUUUGCCAUGUCCAAACAGGGGGUCCAGACGAGUUACUGCAACCCGUCCGGUUACGUGCACGACACACUGACGGUGCUGAAAACGAAAGAAAACUCGACCAACACCGUCGACCGGCUCUCGACCGAGUUCAGUUGGUUUCCCGGCUACUCGUGGCAGAUUACCGUUUGUGCGAACUGUCGGCAGCAUCUGGGAUGGAAAUUUGUGGCAACGAAGAAAAAUUUCCUACCGAAAAGCUUUUAUGGUUUAUCGGGCACUAACAUAACGGUGAAAUCGCACGGCGAUCUUAAGAACAGCCGGGCGACCGAUGGGAGACCGAACAGUGCGCCUACUACGAGCAACGCAACCGCCAACAGUACGGCCGCCGGUCCGGCGGACGACUAUUACAGCUCGAGCAGUGACGAUGAUUUUUCUUGGUACUAGCAAAUACUGUGUGGUUUGCUCGUUUUUGUUUCCUUUUUAUUUUUACUUUUUUGCAUAAAAUUAAUUUAAAACAGCAGCAGCUACACGUUGCCGGCGUUAUGUUCUGUACACUCUUCUGUUACUGUUUCGACUGUAUGUUUUGUUACAUUUAAAACAUCGUUCGUCACAUGUUCGUCAAACGAAUCUGUUGUUCGUUAUCAUUUAAGCGUCGAAUCGUCGAAGACUGAAUUUAAGUUAUGACUGUGUUUGGUGUGUCGAUCUAAAUCACGCAAACCUACAUCACUCUGUGCGGCAGUUGUCUUCACCUAUAUGUAAAAUAUGCAGCUAAUGGUUAAGGUUUAUCAAGUCUCGUGUGCAAAAAAGCUAUUACUUU